CCGGAAGUUACAAAAACAAGGAAGUAAACAUCGCUUGCGCUCGGUGUCUUCAAAUCUAAAAUGAAAAUUGAUCAUUGCACAACUCAGUAAUGUAAUAUUAAGCAGGACGAAAUUAGAUGCGAAGCGACUACCUUACACAAGCUCUUGUCAGAAAAAAAACGAGUUUGGGGCGCGAAGACACCGACUAAUAUAGAGUAUUAUAAGCCUUCAUGGACCACAAAGGAAAACCUCGGGAAGGAGCGAUGAGAUUGGAGGAGCUGCCGCAGAUGGAUGGAACAUGCGAUGCAUGCGAGCCUGAUGAGGCUCAACUGGCCACGCAAGUAUGCAACACCUGCAGCUUCGCCUUCUGCUGUGUGCAUGCUGACAGACACGCCUCCAGCAGACAUCACCUGCUAACGCCGUAUAACCAUGAAGGGACGCAAGCCAUUGGACUUGGCCACAACAGAGACUCUGGAAUUGUACAUGGAGACAAGGAAGAGGUUUUGAUCGGGUUACCGGAUGCACAGGGUCAAGCAACACUCGCAGAUGAGAGCGGUGAUGCUGAGAAUAGUCAUGGAUCCAAGAAUGGCCUGCUGAUGGACGCAGAGUUUAGAGCUGAGGGUUCAGAAGAAGGGCAGGAGGACAUAGCUGCCGGAGAAGCAGUGAAGAGGGACACUGUGACAGUGGAAAGGCUACGCUGCACGGAGCAUGGACAGGAAGGUUCCCUCUACUGUAAAUCAGAUGAAAAGAUUAUCUGUGUUCUGUGUGCUGUGCAGGGUGAGCACCAGGACCAUGAAAUUAUCACUUUGCAUGAGGCUUACCUCUGGCAGAAGAAUAGACAGGGUUUCGACCUGUUGGGCUGUACAAGAGAAAUGGGAGAGAAGAUCACAACCAAGUGGACAAACCCUAAGAUGUCUGCAGAGCAGAUGGAGGUGUAUGUGAACACCCAGUUCGAUGAACUUCGCAGAUUGGUACAUCUGGAAGAAAAGAGGACCUUGCACCUUGUAGAUCUCAAAGAGGCGUUUCUGACUGCAUCUGCUGCAGAAAAGAUUGCCGAGAUCACUGUCCAAACCAAGCGCCUCCAAGAGGAGAUGGCCAGCAUUACAGAGCAGCUUUGCAUGCUGGAACAGGCUCCGGUGUCCACAGUAGACCCUGUCCUGGCAACAGAGGACUUCGCAGAAGCACCAGGACCUGUCCGUAGAUUAAUGCAUGACUUUGACGCCAGACCAAGGGAUUUCCUGGGGCACAAAGCAGGACAACAAACUAGUAAAAACUGGAAUACUUCCUCUUUGAUUGUCCAUGUCUGUGAAUAUUGUCAUUCAUCCAGGUCAUUGUAUUGUCAGGGAAUUGAAUUAAAUCGGUCGCAACGGGACUGUUCAGGUUGUCUGCAAAGACGUUUCGCCUCUCAUUCGAGCAGGCUUCAUCAGUUCAUGCCCAGUUCAUGUUACGUCGUGAAAACACUUUUCCUUCACAUAGAACUGUAAAAACUACUACAACAAAGCCAUAAUAUGAAUGAUUUGGGGUGGAGUAGUAUGAGCAUUAAGAGGAUAACAUUGUGGACAAGGCAAAAAAGUGAGUAAAAAGAUUAAAAACAAAAGUAAUUUAUUGACUAUUAGAAAUUAACUUUUAUUCUUUUUGUCAUGUUUUCAGUGUCACAAAUGAGACUGAGCUGCCUUUUGUACCCCAGUCGUCCCUCGCUACAUUGUGGUGGAUAGCAGCCUCUCUCUCUCAUGGUUUUCCAAAAAAAUAUUUAUAAUUGAUCGCUGUUUCGUGGUUGUUUAUGGCCUCUCAUUAGUCAAAACAUGUUGAAAGACAAGUUAUAUGUGGUAUUCUGGUCGUUACAUUACAUUACCUGAACACUGCAGAGAGUCAGCCAUGGCAUGUCCAAGUUAUCCUCUCAUUGUGUGUGGAAGUGGUACAUAUUUGGCUUCUUUGUCUUUCUUUCCCACUCCAUUCGAAAACCUUUUCUUAAAUGGGACCUAUUAUGCUCAUAUUUCAGCCUUUUGUAUUGAGUUUUAUAGAGCAGCUACACAUGAUAACCCCCACAGAAAGCUUUGUAGAUCUUCCAGAAUUUGUACGCCCACUCCAUUGUGAUUGGUCACACUCCCUUUCGGACAACUACCAAAUCCCACUUUACAAUUUUGUCGGUAUAGGAGUUGAUAAUAGAUGAAUGUACCAAAUCCCAGGUAGGAAGUAGACACGUACCGAUCGGAAAUCAUGCUCGAUCACAUGGUUUCAGACUUGAUCGGCAUCAGACAUAUAUUUAUUUUCAAAUAGGAAGUGAUAAUAUUUGGACCAAUCAGCUUUGGAGAGUUGGCUAAUUUGUGCAAAACGCAGUGCAAACAAAAAGCACAACAAAUUACAAUUAGACCACCUGGAAGGGCAUCGUACCCCUGUUAAAUAUUUGAUGGACUCCUGUCGUACAUCUGUUCUUUCCGUCUGGUAAGUACCAUUUAACAACUCCAAUGACAGACCACAUGUGCAACAAAAUCUCAUCAAGCAGCUCAAGUGUGUGCCACAAAACAAGCCAAACAUGAUGCCAAUGACUUCCAUUAACGCCCGCCACAACACCAAAUCUUACAGCUUCCUGUCUGAUUGUGGUGCAAUUGUAAUUUUACAUCCCCCUACAAAGUGGUGUAAUUGUUUGUCUAUAUGUGCCCUGUGAUUGGCUGGCGAUCAGUCCAGGGUGUAUGCCGCCUUAUGCUCGAAGACAGCUGGGAUAGGCUCCAGCACACACGACCCUCGUGCGAAUAAGUGGUAGAAAAUGAAUGAAUGAAUGAAUAAAAUUUGAUAAGAUUUGUCUCAGAAAAUGUACAUUUACAACACUACUUUUAUUUUUUUCAAUCAACUUUAGCUUUCAGAUGCAUACCAACAAAGGACAUUGAAAUCUUCACUCGCUAAAUGUACUGCAAAAAAGGCCAGUAAGGAUAAUUCAUAAUGCUGCCUACAGAGAACAUACUAACUCCUUAUUUCUAAAAUCACAAAUACUUCAACUUGCUGAUAUAGUUCAUCUUCAAACAGCUAAAAUAAUGCAUAAGGCUAAAAAUAACCAAUUAGCUAAAAAUGUCAUCCAAUACUUCUCUACAAGAGAGGAGAAAUAUGAUCUCAGGGAAGAAGUACAUUUGAAACAGUUAUAUGUUAGGACUACGUUAAAAAGCCAUAGCAUUUCAGUAUGUGGAAUCAAACUAUGGAAUGGAUUGAGUAAGGACCUCAAACAAUGCACAACGAUGAGCCAAUUCAAGAAACAAUACAAGCAGUUGAUGUUUGCUAAAUACAAGGAUGAAGAGUCUUGAACCAGUCAUGAUGUGCUAUAUAUAUCACUAUAUUGACACUUACUAUGGUACCCAUUGUGGCAUUGGAUGCUCAUAUCACCUUGAACUUCGGUACGAGGUACAUUAUUAAAAAAAAAGAAAUUAACUGUUUUAUAGAAAGCAGGAAGUGAACAAAUGUAACAGUUACUGAUUGUAAAAGUACCAGAUGGAGGGGUAGGAUUUAAUAAGCUUUGCUUCUUCCUACUCCUUUUUGGACAUGUGGAACUGUGAACUGAUUAUGUGAUGCAUUCAAUUGUAAUCUGAUGCAUGUUCAAAUGAAAUAAUUACCAAUAUGGGAUUUGGAUAAGACUGGGGAAGUCAAUCAGUGCAUAGAUGUGGUGCAAGCUACUGACUUGGCAUCCAUAUUUCAGCUGUUUUAGCAAACCAUGUGAAUGGAUACUGUUUUGACGACGUUUUCUGCACACAAAGGAAGUGUCCAGUUUUUACUAGGUCUAACAUACCUUAAUAUCCCACACAUGCCUGGUAUAAUCCCGUCCAUCCAUCACCAAAAAGCACAGCCGUGUGUCAGAUCUACCGGUCUAAUCUCACCCUGUCCUCAGGCUGCGGUCAUGCCAAGGGGAAGAGGCAAUGAUCGGUCCUGAUCAAUAAUACAUCGACUGCAUUAAUGCUUAUGAAUAAGUCAUGCAAGCAGAGAACCCAGGUGACAGGAAUGACACACCCAUUUGCACGCACACACAGCUGCACAGCCAAAUGAUCUUUUAUUAUAGGGCAUGGAAGAUGAAUGAACGUAGAGAGAAAUAGAGCAAAGCAAGGGCUUUAACUUUGCAGCAGAGAAUGUAUCAAGCGCCUCCUGACAUUUUGUUGCAUGUCAAGGCUCCUCUCUGUCCUUUUUCUGUCACCACGCCAUUUUUCUCAAGGCCUUUUUUCCUGGGGGUGGAAUGAAUAAGUUAUUGCAUCUAUGUGCGCUCAGUCUUACCAAAGACAGGCUUGAUAUAAAAACUCAAUUUGCUUCCAUAGUAGAGGCCAUGCUUUUUUCACCACCGUAUGUAUAUUUACAUGUAAAAGUCUUGGGUUUCCUGUUGGUUAAAUUGCCUCAAACAAAUAAAAAUGUACCAUAGAUGCCAUUAGGGAACCGCGUUGCACGCUUUCGUGUGGUGCUGACAACAAACAGUGGCGCUGGAGCCAAUUUGAAUACUCAGUAAAAUUAGUGCGGUCGAUGAAAGUAUGCACGAUACCAUUGCCAAGAAUUUUGAAUGGGAGCAGCGCUAUUGAAUAAUUAAUCCAUUGAAUGUACAGAAAAGAGAGCAGGGAGAAACAUUGUAGCGACUGUCGCAGUAUGUGGGUGUACACACGAUGUCAUCAUUUCUUUUGGACAGCUAAUUGGCAGUGCCAAAAAGGCAUCUUUGUAUGGUCACUGCAUGCCGCAGUGCUUUUAAAAUCUAAGAGAUUGACAGCAAAUAUAUUUAGGUCAGUUAUGGGAUACCCCGACGUGAGUUUUGAGCAGCGGCUCUUCAAGGAGGUGCGAUAUUUGAAAGGAAGCAACUCUCUGUUUCCAUAGACACUACUAUCCAGGGAGCAGUGCUCAAAAUGAUGGUUGGCUUAUAUUAGUGGUGUUUUUCCCCUUUCCUCAAAGCUCUUGCUGCUCACAGCAUGGCUUGGAAAAAAUGAUGCCGUGGAGGUGGAACCGUGUAGAGCUGCUUCAUGAUGACAGAAGCUGUGAAUGAUGGAAAUGUGUCCUUGGUUGAGAGAUAGGAGAUAAGAACAAGGCCAGAUAGCAAUCAUAUGGAAGCACAUAAUAGAAAACCACCAGAUUGGCAUAGAUAUUAAUCAUUGUGUUGCUUGAAAGGAAACCAUUGCUCAAAAACAUUAAUUUUUUUGCACAGUGGCUUACAAAAUUAAAGACAUGGUCAUGCACAAAUUGUUGGCAUUCAUAGCAUUCCUGUCUGCCAGUUGAAAACAUUUUCCGCCACACACACUGCAAAAAUAAAUCACAAUUUUGUUAGCAGAGGGCCCUCAUUUUAAGUGCAUCCAAAUAUCAAGUAGGAGUCAUUACGUAGGUCAUAGUCAACCUAUGUGGGAGGUUCAUCGGUUCCAGGGAACUGAGGCUAAUUUUUAUUACUGGUUCUCAACUGGUUUGGCUGCGGGCCGCACCAUCACCCAUUAAAAAAUGGGUUGGGCCUAUUAUUAUUCCAAAAUAUUGAAACAGUAAUCAUGUAGUAUUCUGGUCACUAUGGCGUCAGUAAUGUUACACUAAUGAGACAUGGAGUGAAAAAAGUUCUCCCACUUUGUGUGGAAGUGGUAUAUAUUUGGAUUCUGACUUGUCCUUCUUCCCCACUCCGUUUAAAACCCUGUAGAAUUAAUUGGAGGCUAACUAUUUUUUUGGCUCUACCAAUGGUUAAAAAAACAAAAAAAAACCUCUAGAACGUCAUAAACAGGUUUUCUAUGCUCUAACUACGAAAAUAUUUAGUUUAUCAAUACUUGACAGUCACUAUGGUACCCAUUAUGUCAUUGUAUGGUCACAUCACCUCGUACUUCGGUACGUCACAAAAAAAUAAAAAAAAAAUAAAAAAAAAUAAAAAACAACCUUAAACUAUAUUAGGAAAGCAGGAAGUGAACAAAUGUAAUAAAAAAAUAAAUAAAAAAAAACGUAAACUAUAUUAGGAAAGCAGGAAGUGAACAAAUGUAACAGUUACUGAUUGUAAAGGUACCAGAUGGAGGGGUAGGAUUUAAUAAGCUUUGCUUCUUCCUACUCCUUUUGGACAUGUGGAACUGUGAACUGAUUAUGUGAUGCAUUCAAUUGUAAUCUGAUGCAUGUUCAAAUGAAAUAGAACCAUUACCAUUACCAUUACUUAAUGGAAAUUAGUGGAAAAUCACUUAUUGUGGUCGGGUCUGGAACCAGUUGACCAAGAUACCCUUUUCCCCGGGCAUACAUGCUGCACCCGAGGUAACACACACAUGUGGAGGAGCGCUUGCUAAGUGCUGGCGGUGCCAUUCUGAGCCAGUUGCAAACAGUCCCUUUCUUGAGAAGACAUUAAAGUACAAAAAACGGGUAUUAAACAGUACCGUCAUACUGCCCCUGCUUGUCUUCAUUGUCCUUCAACCAAGCUUGACCAAGUCGCCUGUAAACAUGGCACGGACCUCAUGGUGACAUCCGUUCAUGGCCAUUGGGUCAGUACACUACUUUUGUUGUCAAAGACACCGUGACCCACUUUUGGGUUGCGAUCCCACAGUUGAGAAUCACUGGUUUAGAACAAUAUCACAUAUUUGACUGAGGCCGCUUACUUAUAUAAAGAGUGAAUGCGUAUAUUAUAUUUAUGGUAUCAUUUUAGGUCACACAGCUCAAAAGGCACCGUCGAGUGGCAGCUCAGUAAAUAUUCCUAUUUCCCUCUGUGGCUGUGAAAGACCUUAAGUAUGACAAUGAGCUCCUAAUUGCUUCCGAUGAGCUUUCUCGUGUCAUCAGUGUUAUUGUUGUGUUGUGUGCGUGUGUGAAUAUGAAUAGAUGUAUGAUGUAACUUGAGCACUGUUAAGGUGGAGAAGCUCUUUUCAUUCCAUUUACAUUUGAUGAAUUAUGACCACAAUUUCAUCCAUUUUUUAUAAGUUCUCAAAUGAUGUCAUGUUAACACGCAAGGGGGAGGGAGAAUUUAGCUCAAAGCAAGAAUGCGGGCUUGAGAGUGUUUCUGCUAAGUUUCAUUAUUACUAUUUAGUGAAGUUUAUUUCAGUCAGCAUAUUUCACAGGUAUAUUGGUGAUAAAUACAAUUUGUAUUGGCUUUGUAGUGGUGUAUUUUACAUGAUAAUAAUCUUCAUUUCUACCGGGCAGUGCAUUUACGACGAUGUGAUAACUAUUGGUAGAAUGACUAAAGCAUUUAAAAUGGUAUUCUUUCUUGUUCUAUUCUAUUCACUGGUCCUCCAGAAUAUGUAAACAAGACAGCUAAUGGCAAACUUCCAGCAUAACAAACAGUGAUUUACCCCAGAUUGCAAUGUUCUACAUUUAUAAUGUCAUGUAUGCUUCAUUUAUAUUACAAGUGACUAUUAUCGUAUGCAUUGUGUUAAGUGCGGUGAAGGAAGGCCAAUGGGAUCCGUCCUAUUUGCCAUCAUCAUCCUGGUCUUCUACUUAUCACAGUUUACUUUAGAAUCAAAUCAUGACGAGAGAAACUACACAAAGCUGGGCAUACACUGCAGUGUUUCCCACAGGACUGUAAUCUAUUUGCGGUGGCGAGUUGCCUGAGUCAUGUAAUAUGCAUAACUAGGAAUGAGACCUCCUUAGUGCA